AUUAAUUCAGUACUUUUGUGAGUUUGAAAUCAUUUAGUCGCUUUAGUAAUAUGUCGUAUUAUUAAAGAAAUUCAUAAUGAACGCUUUGAAAAAUUUAUUUCUUAAAUUUCUAUUAUCGGGAAUUUAUUUGCAAAAUCAAAAAGUAGCUGGACAAGCUGUAGCUGUAUCGUAUGCUAGUACCAAUGGAGGCAUAGCUUCCGCUUCAUCCAGUUCCUCGGCUGGAUUUGGUGUUGGUUUUCCACAAGCGGCAAAUAAUUUUAAUCAACCAUUUGGUUUUGGUGGGGGAUUUAAUGCAUUCGGACAACCAAAUUUUGCUGGGCCAAUAUUGCCGCAGCCAUAUUUUCCUGGAAAUUUAAGACCAAAACCAAAUUUAAAUAAUGGCCAAGGAAAUAAAGUGGGUAACCAGCAAGGUCAACAGGGAUUUAAUCGGGGUAAUAAUGGUAAUAAAAAUAAACCAAAUGGACCAAAUCAACGUCCCAACAACGGUGGCAAUAGACCAAAUCAACGUCCCAACAAUAAUAUAAAUAGACCUAAUAACAAUAACGGCAAUAAAAACAAUAACAAUAAGAAGCCAAAUGCAAAUAAUUCAAAUCAAGAACAAAGACCUAAUCAAGGAAAUAAUAAACCACAAGCUAAUUUUAAUGGCAAUCCUCAGGGAAAAAAACCGAACCAUCAAAAUCCUGGAAACAAACCAAAUAAUAAUAACAAUAAGAAACCCAAUCAUGCUGGUAACUCCAAUGCACAAUCUCGUCCUGCAACUACUGUAAAACCAAAACCUAAACCAGUUGUAACUACAGCCAGACCACAAACCAAUUCAAAACCAAAUACCACAAAAAAACCACCGAUCACAACUAAAACACCGGUCACCAACCCUCCUAAAGUAAUAAGUCCAAUUCCACCUUUAAAUGAUCUACCACAUCCUAAUGAACCAACAGUAGUUAAUCCGAAUCAAAAUUCACCUGUAAACAACAAUGACUUAUCUCAAAAUCCUAACGGGAAUAUACAAACACCAAGUCCAGGUUAUCCAGAAAGUGGUAAUUCACAACCAAAUUAUCCUCAAAAUCCCACUUGGAAUAUACAAACCCCUAAUACUGAUCUUCAAGGUAGUAAUAAUAAUCUUCAAACGCCCAAUUGGAAUAUUCAAACUCCAAAUCCAAAUUUCCCGGCAACAAAUUAUGGACCAAACACAGCCUAUCCACAACCUAUACCUCCGCCGCCACCAUUACCAGCAGACCAAGGAGAUCUUAUUAGUGAAAUAGUAGAAAAUCCACUUUUUAGACCAGUACCUCAGUUUCCUAAUAACAACCCAUCUUCUCAACCCAUACAAUUGCCGCCUCCAACAUUCUCACCCGUACCUCAAAUACCUUCUACUACUAGUCGUCCUCCAACAUCUUUACCCGAAAACCUAAAACCAGGCACUAUUAUAAAUCCAGACUCACCAUAUUAUGUUGCUAAAGAAACCGACGAUCCAACGUUAUUGAUCGACAUAAGACGGCUUUGAUUGAAAGACAAAUUCAAUAACAAUCCCAUUUGAACACGAUUUUUUUUUUAACUCAUCUUUGAAAUUCGGUCAAUGUCAAAACGUUAAAAGUGUUGUCUUUUAUUUAUUUUUAAUUAUUUCCGUAUUUUUAAAUUUAUUUUAAAUUUAAUUCAGUCGUAAUAAGUUUAAUGCUCAUGUAUAAAUGUAUAAACUCUUAAAAUUCGAAAUAUAACUUAUAUUUACAGCCUUGCUGAUCAAAAUA